AUGUCGGGAAAACUCGAUCAAUCCCUCGAUGAGAUCCUCUCUUCCACACGUCGCACCGCUGGCCGUGGAGGUAAAACCGCAGUCGCACGCCGUCGAAGUCGUACUUCCAAGCCAGCCGUUCCUGCUCCGGUCGGAGGCGUAAAGAAGAAUGCAAGGGGCGCAAAGGCUGCCGUAAAGCCUGUUCCAACAGGCCCAUCAGGAGGAAAUGGAGAAAGUAAAAUUAUGGUCAGCAAUCUGCCUAAGGAUGUUACCGAAGAUAUGGUGAAGGAAUACUUUGUCAAAGCCGUUGGACCUGUCAGAAGGGUGGAGUUAUCAUAUGGGCCUGGAGGCGUUAGUCGUGGGAUUGCCACCAUCUUCUUUAUUCGUCCCGACUCGGCCGUUAAAGCUGUUGAGUCUCAAAAUGGCGUCAUGGUCGACAACCGAAGCAUGAAGAUCGAUGUUAUUCUUGAUGCGCGGCGCGCUGCAGCUCUACCCCCGCCAAAGGGACUCAGCGAUCGUAUUACUGGACAACCCAAAGCACAGCCAAAAUCGGCUGCCAACUCGAAAGCUGCUCCAGCCAUUCGUGGAGGAAAGGCCGCGCGCGGCCGUGGGGGGAAAGCCAAGAAUGCUCGUCCUGCUAAGAAAACCGCCGAAGAGCUUGACUCCGAGAUGAUGGAUUACUUUGGAGCAACUGGAAACAAUGAAACCGAGACUGCCGGUGCAGGAACUGCUCAGCCUGCUGCCAAUGGUGAUGCAAACAUGGAUGAUGAUGUCUUGUCCUCGUUCCAGUUUUCUGCCCAAGCUGUAGAAUAUUUGACACCGAGUACCUUGUUCGCUACCUCGCACGGGCACGCCAUCCCAUCCACCUUGUCCAAUUUCUCUCAGUACAUCUUGAGAGGUCUCAAGGAUCUAUGCCCAAAGAAUCACCGACAAUACCCGCGAAGUUUGGGUGGCGGGAGAAUUGCCAACCAAGUUUCCGAGAACUGUUUCGCGCAAAUAGGCCCCAAGUUUGGUCGUGCUCUAGGGGCUGGCUUAUUUCCUGGCCACUGA